AUGGUCUCAUCAUCAUCUUCGUCAUCUCUCAAACGGUCCAUAGACCACGUUGAUAUGCCAAAGGAGAAUAUUUCACCAAAUAAAAAAAUCAAUUUUACGCCAACAAUGUUUCAAUCAAAAAUUAUUAAUAUGCUCAAAGAUGCAAAUUUAACUAUUCCUAUCAAUCUUCUCGAAUUGGUCGGCCAGGUGGAUCGAAAUUUUUCUAAUCCUUCGGACAAAGAUCGUCGAAAAGAACUAUAUAAAGGUCUUUCAUGCUAUCUUGAUCAUCGCAAUGUACGUGAUCGUGGUCAAACAUACAUAUUUCCAAUUCCAUUCAAUGACAUCAUUCGACAACAAUACCCAAGAAACGUUCAAAAUUAUGCUCAAAUCAAGACUAUGAAAAAUGGUAAACUUAUUAUGGUCAAAGAAGAAGAUAAGUGUUAUGUACAACUAUCUGACUUUUGCAAACGCAUUUAG